AUGUCGAUCCGUCCUCUCCCUCAGUCUACUGUUCGACUUUUGGAUUCCUCAAUGAAUAUCACGACGCCGUACGAUUUAGUCAAGGAGCUGCUAGACAACGCGCUGGAUUCCCAAGCAACCGCCGUCGAGAUAGCCGCUUCUUCAAAUACUAUUGACAGAAUUUCAGUCAGAGACAAUGGAAGUGGCAUCGAUAUAAGUGAUUUCGGUGCCCUAGGCAGACGGGCACAUACUAGCAAGCUCAGAGAGUACAGCGAAUUAGUCGAGGUUGGCGGGACGACGCUUGGAUUUCGGGGUGAAGCAUUGGCAAGUGCCAAUUCAAUAGCCAACGUUUCAAUUAUUACAAAGAGUCCCGGGGAUCCUGUAGCCUGGAGAAUCGAGUUAAUACCGGGCACGGGUGGUGUCAAGGACCGGCGGCCAGUUUCCUCUACCGUUGGAACCACAGUAGCAGUUACGAGGCUCUUUGAGAAUCUCCCCCCAAGAAAGCAGUAUGCUCUGAAGCAGGCGAAGAAUUGUAUUUCCCAAAUCCAGCAACUUUUAAGGCAAUAUGUUUUUGCUCGCCCAAAUGUUAAAAUGUCACUGAAAAUAAUAGGGGAUACCAAACCACUGUGGGCUUAUUCGCCAAAGCCGCCCGAUCUAAAGCGAGAGGCAAUCUUACAGAUAUUGGGCGCAAAUGGCAUGGUGAAUUGCAUCGAGGUAUAUGAAGAGAUACAUUUCAACAGAGAGUCGAUAUCCCAGAUGGAGACACGGGAGCCCGCCCGAUGGGUGUUUAGUGGCUAUAUCCAGAAACCAUAUAUCAUUUCCAAGGAUUUCAAAGUUCGGGGAGCGCAUCUAUCUGUUGAUAACAGGCCAAUGUCUGCUGGUUGGCAUGUUACGAAAAAAAUGACAAGUAUUUUGAAAUCUCACAUAUCCCAGACCACAGCACCGAAAUCCGCGGAAAGACAAUGUGGCGUGUUUCUGCAAAUCAACAUACGAUGUCCCCCACGCAGCUACGACCCAAACAUCACAAUGAGGAAGGACGAGCUCUUAAUUUUUGACGAGAAGGGCCUCCUUGAUGGCUUUGAGCUUGUGUGUAAGCGAGCAUACGAAAAGCACAAUCAGGCUCUUGCAGCUACACACCCACCGGCCACUGCCAGUACACAGCCUAAUAAUGCCCGAGAGUGUGGAAGGCAGCUCGCAACCGAGCUUGAGGAUGAAUGUGUAUCCUGUGCCUCUAUUGAUGAAGUUAGCGGCCAACAUGACAACCUUGACAAUACUCAAGCCCCCCAAAACACCUCAAGGGCUACGAGGCCGAAGAUUCAGACUACAAUGAAGACGACUUUCACAGUAAAUAUGGGGCGGAAAGAGGAUAGUGAUUCGGACGAAGAGAACAUGGAUAUGGGUAUCGAAGUGGAAAUUCCAGCUGGGCCACCCUCUGUCCGGGACAGUCACACAAACAAUCAGGAGCAACAUCCCCGCCAGACAAAAACCAUUCGUCACUACUUUCAGUCCCUGCCAAAAGACGGCUUCAAGAUUUCCCAUGAUGAUACUGCAACUGCCGGAACCGUCGUGGCAAGCCCAGUAGGUCCUCAACUGGACGAGUCCAGUCCUUCCAAUCGCACUCCCUUGCAGCCCCUGAGCGACAUCGCCUUGAACAGAAUACGAGAAGAAGCGGAGUCUACUCCGGAGCCACCAGGAUCAGAUUCAAUAGUCCCAAGGCAUAUCAUAAAUGCCAGCAGAAGGGAUAUAGUACCGUCAUUGCGAAGGGUUGCAAACUCAACUCGUCAUCUCGGGGCACAGGGGCCGGAGAGGACAACCCCGUCUUUAUAUCUCGCUGGGACAAACUCCGAGGAAACGCAAGAUGACGAAAUCCUAGAUAUAGACAUGAGCAAGCGAACAGGCAGAUUAGACCUCGUCCUCAGCUUAGCAAUUCAUUCGUCCUUGGAACAAACAUUGCUCGACAAAGUCAUAACGAGUUUCUAA